AUGGCAGAAACUCAGGGCCUCCAGCUCUCGAUCGAAUUAGCCGAGCAGGUCAUAGUUAACCUGGAAGAGUACACUCCCCAUGAGCGUAUCGAUCUCCUCACCCCCGAAUCCAUCCAAAACAUCUUGAACGCCCGGCUCCAGGGCUCUGGAUGGCGCUUCGCCGCCUGGCGCUCAUUCGCCAAGAUCAUCGGGCAGACGCCAUUCCACCCAACUAGGGCCAGCAUACAAGAGCUGGAGAACCUUUCACGAAUCCCAGAGCUCUGCAUGUGGAUCGACACUCUCACGAUCUUCGGAAAAGCCUUCAGGAAGCGGAUCGACUGGAUCGAGCUAGAAGUUGCUGUACACGCAGAGGACCCCGAUAUCUUGUCGCAUAUAGCAGCACAGGAGGAGCAGUUUCUCUACGUUACUGGAGGUUGCCAGAAGGGGUAUUAUAUGGCACGACCACAACCUGAGACCACGGAGUUCGAGCAGGAUCUAGCGAGGAUUCUGGCGCGGUUUCCGAAACUCAAACACCUCCGCUACGUGCGCACGGUUGAAGGCCAUCUCAAAGGCUGGUCGGGAGCUGCGAUGCUCUCUCCCAAAGCCUUCUACACGGACGAGGGCAAGCCAUACGAGGAAGGCACUCCCGAUGGACUUUAA